CAUGGAUUCAAAUUAUAAUUACGAUCAAUAUGCACAAAAGGCAUAUUCAGCCAAUGUUUUUAAAGUUGAUGAAUCAGAAUUUAUUAUUGAGAAGAGAUACAAGCCAACAUAAUAAUGUAAAUUAAUUAUUAAUUUUUCAGUGGGAAGUGGAGCAUACGGUAUUGUUAUUGGUUGUGAAGAUACAAAAGCAACAAUACCAGAAUAAAAAAUGGUAGCAAUCAAAAAAAUUGAGAGAACUUUUGAGCAUAGAUUUUAUGCUAAACGAACAUUGAGAGAGUUGAAAAUCUUAAGAAAUUUAAAACACGAAAAUGUAAUUAUCAAAACAAUCAAUUUAGAUAGUUAAUCUUAUCACAAUACAGCUCCCUAAAUCCAGGAAGAAUUUUUAUGAUAUGUAAAAAUGUAGAUCUUAAAUUAAAUAGAUAUUGUGUUACUGAAUUAUUAGACACAGAUCUAAAGCGAGUCAUUGAUAAGGAACAUGCUAAAUUGAAUUAGGAUCACUUUAAACUCUUUUUGUAUCAGAUUCUUAGAGCACUCAAAUACAUGCAUUCUGCAAAUAUUUUACAUAGAGAUUUGGUAUGACUCUGAAAACUAUAAAACAUUAGAAACCAACAAAUUUAUUGUUAAAUAAAUAGGAUUGUAUGUUGAAGGUCUGUGACUUCGGAUUGUCCAGAGCAUUGCUAUAGACAACCAAAACACAAUAACAAAAUCCAAAUAUUAUGACAGAUUAUGUUGAAACCAGAUACUAUCGAGCACCUGAAUUAUUGUUGGGUCUUAAAACCUAUACACAAGCAGUGGAUAUUUGGAGUGUAGGAUGCAUUUUUGCAGAAAUUGUAAGAGGAAAAACUUUGUGGAGAGGCCAAAAUUGUAAACUCCAUUUCAUUCAUAUCACUAGCCAAACAAUAAAUUAAAAUGAUAUUUGAAACCCUUGGAACACCUUCUAAGACUAAAAUAAUGUAAGUUCAAGAUACAUUUGUAUCACAAAAAUUAGUUGAACUUGUUUAGGAAUUGGGUACUUUGGAGAAAGUUCCAUGGGAUAGAGUAGUGAAAGGAUUACCCCCUGAAGGAUAUGAUCUCUUAGAAAAGCUAUUAGAAAUUGAUUACAAGAAGAGAAUCACAGCAGCUGAAGCCCUAAAACACCCCUAUUUAAAGGAACUCCACAACCCAAGUGAUGAGGUACAUUGUGAAAGUAAUCGAUAUAGCCCACUAGAGUUCCUGUUUCUAAUAUGGAGUUCGAGUUUGAAAUGUAUGAAUUUACAAAUGAGUAACUUAAAGGUAGAUUUACAUAAUAUUCUAAUAGAUAUGAUUUACGAAGAGAUACUAUUAUAUCAUUAUCCAGAUUUUAAGAAAACUUAUGAAGACAAGAUUGCCAAUAAUCAGAGUGUCAUCAGCCACAUUAUGAAAGGAGAAAGUGCUAAAAUAAUUGAUCCUGAAGCUGAUGAUGAUUAUCCAAUAUGA